GUUUUUGAUCGUUAUAUGCCAUCGCCGGCGCCGCAGUUGGAGUUCGACACAGUGAAGAAGGAGACUGGGGUCUGGUCGUGAGGAGGAACGAAGAGGAUGUGGAGAGCACUGGCGAGAUUUUCUCUCUCCCAAUUUCGACAUGUCGCCGGAAAAUCGUUAUCUCCGGUGACCUGUUCCGGGAGAACCCUCCAAGUGGUCCCCGUCGAAUCAUCUCCUGCUGUUGUAUCUGGGCUCCUCUCUAAUGGUGGGCUCGCGAGGUUCUUCUCCGACCAGUCGGCUGUCCACAGCAGCGACCUUGACCCAGCCGAGGAUGGUCCCGCCGGGGCCGUGGAAAUGGCUUCCGGUGAAUCUGACAGUGACCAGGUGGAAGAUUUCGCAGCCGAAUAUGGUUCCGCCGGGGCCGUGGAAAUGGCUUCUGGUGAAUCUGAUGAUGACCGGAUGGAAUGUUCCAGAGCCGAGUCCCGCGAGAUCAGCCCGGAGGAAAUGGAGAAUGUGCUGUCCCUUCUGCAGGGCACUGCUGAUGGGUCUCUGGAGUCGAAACUCGACGGAAUGCACUUGCCGGUGCAUGAGGAGUUCGUGUUGACGGUGCUCGAGACUCCGCUUAUCGCCGGUGGGAAUCUCAUCAGGUUCUUCAAGUGGGCUUCGAGUAAGCCUUCAGAGUUUCAAGUAACCCGCACUGUUGCCGGAGCUCUGGUUCGGGCUGUGUGCAAAGGCGAACCCCUGAAGAAAGAGGCUUACGUGUUGUGGGAUUUGGUCCGGGAGAUCGGGGAGAAAGCAAAGGGCGAGGCUGUGUUGGAUAGGGGAAUUCUGAAUGAGUUGCUCUCUUUGUUCUCGAGGCUGGGUAAAGGGCGGGCUGCCCUUGAGGUUCUUGACAAAUUCGAUGAAUUUGGAUGUGUUCCUGAUUCUGCGUCUUAUUAUUCCACGGUUGAUGCGCUGUGUAAGUGCAACACUUAUGAACUCGCCUGGCCCGUGUGCGAGAGAAUGAUUAACUCGGGGACCUUGCCUGACGGGGAGGAAGUCGGGAAGGUCAUGUCUUGGCUUUGCAAGGGAAAGCUGGCUAAAUCUGCUCAUGACCUUUACUCCGCUGCAAAGGAGAAAGGAAAGAUCCCUCCUCCCUCCGCCAUCAGCCUCUUGAUUGUCUCAUUGUCCCGGGAGGACAAGACAGUGAAGUUAGCUCGGGAGAAUCUGGGUGACUUUGAUGAAGAGGCAAGAAGAUAUGCAAUCAAGCCAUUUUCGGCAGUUAUUAGUGGCUUAUGCAGGAGCAAGGAAUUGGAUGGUGCGAAGAAGUUGUUGCAUGAGAUGAUCGAGGCAGGCCCACCUCCUGGAAACGCGGUGUUUAACUCGGUAGUAAAUGGAUUUUCGAAGGCCAGAGAGAUGGAGACAGCAAUGGAGGUGAAGAAGUUAAUGGAACAACGGGGUUUGAAGCCCGAUUUGUUCACUUAUACGGUGAUCAUGAGCGGCUUUGUGAGUGGUGGAGAGAUGGAGGCGGCAUGUAAGCUCUUGAAGGAGGCGAAGAAGAAGCACAAGACACUGAGCCCUGUCAUGUACCACACGCUCAUUAGGGGAUACUGCAAGCUCGAGGAGUUCGACAAGGCUUUAGAACUGUUGAGAGAGAUGAAGAACUUCGGGGUCAAACCCAACACAGACGAGUACAGUAAGCUGAUCCAAUCCCUCUGCUUGAAGGCUCUUGACACUGAUACAGCUGAGAAGUUGCUGGAGGAAAUGAAGGAGAGCGGGUUGUAUCUAAAUGGGAUCACACGCGGUCUCGUAAGGGCUGUGAAAGAACUUCAAGGCGAGGAGUUGGCAGCUGAAGAAACAAGAAUAGAAGCUUAGAUAGUUUUCGGGUGCGAAUCCAUGGGACCUAGGCCAAUCAGAUGAUGUUUGUUCAUUUUAUGUAGUUGCCAGAUACGACGAAUUGCGGAGCAUCAUUUACCCAUUUCGCAUGUAUUCUCCGCUGUCCUAAUAACCGAAAGGAAUUUUGAAGGUGAUUAUAUAUGUGACAUGCUUUAUUUACUUGAA